AACCCGUGGUCUACGGGGAGUUUUCAAAGCGGUAGGCUGACAGUAAGCCGUUGGCGUUCGGAGCGUGUGCGUCGUUUGUACGUUUACAUGUCGAUAGUUUCUUUUCGGUGAAAAUAUACGUUUCGUUACGAUUGUUCUAGGUGUCGAUAUUCGUUAUUUUUUCUCUUCUCGAAAACGCCACGUAUUAUUUAUACGGUUGAAUUUGAUGUGCAGUAUCGUGAUUAUUGCGAGUGACGUAAUAUCGGAAAGAUCGUCGAAAAAGUGUCGAAUCACGGGAUUUGUGACCAUUGACCAUUGACGCGCUAUACAUAUUACGAAUAUAUGAUUGGUUGAAAUUAUUGGUGAUCGUGCAAAUGUCGAAAAAGUUCCCCACUUCCCCUCCUCGCAUAAUUGAGCAGUGAUGUCGAAAAUAGAACGGGAGAAAAAUUAAAAUGGGUUUCGCGGAAGGUGACUGAACGGUUAAAUAGUUUAUCGGUUAACGCGAAAAAAACGCGGGACGAGAGCUGUUUGAAAUCCCGAGUAAACACGCAGUAUUCCUGAGUAGACGAAAGUUUAUGUUUGACGACAAACAUCGAGCGGAUCGGUGAAGGUACGUGUACGUAGAUACAGAAGUCCGCGUAUUUGUCCUUUAGACGUUAACGGUGCCGGCUGGAAGAGAUCGGUUUUCCUUUACGGAAAAGUUUAGCCUGGACCGUUGGGACGUAAUUUUCACUCUAGGAAUCCGAUAAUGGAGGUUCUCGGAUUUGAAAAGCGUCGUGUCUAAAAUGUUUUUCCAACGUUUUGGUAAAUUGGUUUUUCGUCGAAAUCUCAAGAUGACGACAUCGUUGAACCGUGGAUUAAUCAUCUUGUCGCUUUUGACUGUUUUGUGUCGGGCCAACGAAUUAAAAGACUACUGUUCGAUACACAAAUUUGACAACUUACCACCUGGUGGUCUCAGAUUUACGAAAGAAGUCGUGACAACGGAAUAUGCAAAUAUCGGAGCGUUCAAAGCCCUUCAUUGCUGCCUUCGAGGAUACAGAAGCAUCGAAUGGUACAAGGACAACAGGGCCUAUCCUUGGCCAGGUGGCGAGAGCCACUUCAUCCUGUAUCCGGAGAGCGCGAACCAGACGAUUUACGCGCAGAAGGUGAGAGCCUCUGACGCGGGACGAUAUUCCUGUCAGGCGAGGAACGAUACCACCAUCCUCGAAGGGGAUAUCACGCUUGCCGUCCUCGGGGAGAAAUCGAGCGGAUACACGGGGAAACCGCUGCCAACGUACAGGCCAGCCUCGCAGUUGGUUCCGCUGGGAGGAGCUGCGAGAUUGUUCUGCGAGGCGUAUCUCGGGAAGGUGGAGCUGCCGGACGCGAAAAAUUCGGUGACUUGGUCGAAGAGCGACAGCAACGUCACGUUGCCGAGUCACGGAAGGAUCGCCCAGCACAAAGUUUCCAGGGAAAACAAUCAGAUCAUCGGCUCUUACUUGGAGAUCGAGGACAUCACUCUGGAAGAUUACGGAGAGUACAAAUGCGAAGUUAGCAACGGAGUAGACGAGGAGAUCACGUUACCCGCUCACGUUUAUCGACAAGAGCCACAAUUCGCGUUGGGACUGCAAAACGGAUCCUGGAGAAGAUCGUUCCUGGUGGGCGUUCUAGUGCUGGUUUUGCUGAUCUCGGCCGGCGCGUUCUACGCUCGUUGCUGGCUGCCACUGGUUCUGCUCUGUCGCGACAAAUUCGCCCCUCUCGAGGAGAACGAUGGAAAGGAAAGCGACGCCCUGGUGUGCUACCACGAGAAAGACUCGAACCUGGCCAUCGGCAUAGUUAUACCCACGUUGGAGUCGAGGCAUCGGUACAAGUGCACGUCGCUCGAGCUCUCCCAAUUGAAUCAGAAUUGGUCGUUGGAGAUCGGCGCGCACGUCUCUUCGAGCCGAAGGAUCAUCGUGAUCCUGAGUCCAGCCUGCCUGGGGAACGUUUGGAACGAGGCGAGCGUGGGCCCCAUCCUGAACCAGUUAUCGUCGCUCGCGACACGAACGAUAGCGAUCGUGACCAAGGAUUUGCCGAACGCGACCACGAUCGCGAAACGAUCGAAUCGGGGCUGCAACAACUCGACCGAGCUCUCCCUCGAUCGCCUCAAGAUCCUCCAUUGGGACGAGGCGUGGAACUCGUCCGGUUCCGGUGACCAUAAUAAAUUUUGGUACAAGCUCCGGCUCGCCAUGCCCCCCGUCCGGCCGAUCAGCACCGAAGGUGGAUGCCAAUCGGUCGCCAUGAUCGUCCAAGCGAAUGGAAAGUGCGGACAACAGAAGGCUCGCUCGCGCGAAAGUCUCGAGGUUCUAGUAUAAGUUUAAGGAAGAUGAGUUUCAGGGAGAAGAUAUGUGUAUUCCUACGUGUAUUCAUCCAUCCAUCCAUCCAUCCAUCCAUCCAUCUAUAUAUACAUACAUCCGCGUUUCUUACUUCCGCUUUUGCGCGAAGCGACGCGGCAUCGUGCCAAACGUUCGAUCGUCGACGCGUUUCCCAUCGUGUUCCUCCCGUUUCUUGAUGUGGAAACGAUUUAGAAUCCUUCCCCGAAAAUUUGACAUUUUUUUGUUUUUCGACGAAAAUCGAUCGUUCCCCGUACGAAUCAAUGUUUCACAAUGUGUUUCGUUCCUGUUUUCGUUAUAAUGGAACGCGUUGACGCCGCUUCCUCGACGCGAAUUCCUCUUUUCGCGAUAUCGGGGCGAAAAAGAGAUUGAAAAGAAGAUUUGGAAAAGUGAGGUUAGGAUUUGAAGAUUUGCGAGAUACGGACGAGUUCCGUAAGUCGGUGGUAUCUAGUGAGCGUAAAUAUCAACUUUUCCAACGAGCGAAACUUUCUUUUUCGUAUCGCGAACGAAAUAUUCCAUCUCAUUUUGUAUCUCUUGCUCUCUACAGUAUAGUCGACAACGAUCCCUUGCGACGCUCGAGGAAAGAGGAAACGAACGACAUCCGCAGUCUUCCUUCUCGCACGUGUACGUGACACUUCGAAGCGAGCGAAAGAAAGAAAAGAAUCAAGAUGUGAGAACAAGUUACAUGAUAAAAGAUGAGGAGAGAGGAAAACGAGUCCCUCUCGUUUCUCUCGUCUCUAUAUACAUAUACGUAUACAUAUAUAUAGUAUCGCUUAUUACAUAGACUUUCUCGUUUUCUAUGUUUUUGUAUAUAUCGAACAAUUCGGGUGCUUCGUUAUUCUUAUUUAUUUACUUAACUAGACCGUAUUAUUUAUAUACCGUUUAGAUGUUAAUCGAUCGUUCGAAUGAGAUCAAGAAUUAUGUAAAAGUCUAUGUUUUUAGACGUACUUUUCUAAGAGGAUUUUACGCGCGGUUUUUAGCGAAAAAAACAAAAAAAUUUACUUAAUCGUAAGACUAAUGAUAAUAACACAUAAGUAUUUUAUACUGGUUUGUAUAUAUAUAUAUGUAAAAGGAGGAAAAGGAUAAAGGAUGCGUGUGCGAGUGUAUACAUACGCGUGUAUCUGGUAUGCAUGUGUAUAUAUAUAAUAUAUAUAUAUAUAUAUAUAUAAUAGUUUUUGUAUCUUUCAGAAUAAUCAUGCCUCGAAUGAUCACGAGGCGCUUUACAGAAAAUCCUGUAAUUCUAAUGAUAGAAGUAACGAUUAUCCGCAACAUAUAACCUAACCGCAUAAUUGUACCUAUUCUAAAUGUUAAACACACGCGCAGAUUCCGCAACGUGAGCUUAAUUUUAAUAUCAUAGUAAUCUCUUUACUGUCAGUAUUACGAUACACUAGUGUACUUGUUUCGCGAGAAUAUGCCUGGACGAUUGAUCCACACGCGUCACGGGCAAUUGUUGCGAGCCGAGUAUAAGCAGAGUAUAUAUAGACGUUAGGAGGUAUACUUGUUUGUUUAGAGAUAUACAAAAUGACGAAGCGACAAGUAUCCUUUAAUCGUUCGUUGUCGCGUUUCUUUUUUUCUCUCCCUUUCUCUUUCUCUCUCUCUCUCCUGGUUACGAUAAAAGACAAUCGUUCUUAAGAUUUUUUAAAGAACAAUAUGGUGAAAAAAUUGUGUAUGUAAGUGUAAUAUGUGUAUGGCUCGUUUCCGUUUGAUUAAAUCGCACACACUCUGAACAGAAUCGACGAUACAAGGCUCUACACGUACCAAAUAUAUCAAUCGUCCGUUUCUCUUCGCAUCUUGUUUGAUUGGAGAAUAAACGGAAAUUGUUGUUCGAGAAUUCGAUAAUAAACAGAGACUAUUUAUAUUUCCAGAAAUCGUGGUUAAAUUGUCACUUUUUCUUAUUAACGAAAUUGCGUUUCGCAAAUUUGCCGAGAUCACUGCCAUUUUUAAUUGUUGAACGACGACGACGACGACGACGAUGAGGAUAACAAUAAUCGUCGUAUAAUUGUUAUUUUCUAUAUUUUCUAUAAUAGAAAAUGUUAAAUGUGAAUGAAAAAAAAAAAAUUCUUUAAAAAUGAAAAAAAAGACACGAUGUAUCAACAAGAUAAAUGUUGCAUUUAUAUUUUCCAUUUAUAAUAUAAUUAAAUUACAUAGGCACUUGUACAUAAUACGAUUAAUUUCAUUUAAGCGUACGAUAUAUCAUCUUGUACGAAAAAUAGGUCUAUUAUGUAAAAUAAUAAGUAUAAGACAUGAACCUUUUAGAUUCUUGAAUAGAAAAAAUUGCACUUCUGACACAGUACAAACUGGGAAAAUUCGUUUGAUCGAUGAUAACACUGUUCUCGUUUGCUUCGUAUUACGAAUUUAAGAUUCGAUUCGAUAUAUACAGAUGAGGAAAGAAUCGAAAAUAUCUCAAACUCGUAAUUCUUUUUUUUUUUUUUUUUCCAAUUUUUAUGUACAUAAGUGGCAAUUAAAUACAGAACCGCGGUUUUUUAAUAAAAUUGUUUUGAUAUGAGCAUAAAUCGAUC